AUGCGAUCUCGCCGCGCUUAUCUCGCCCUCCUCGGCGCGUCGCUCGCGCUCGUCGCGCUCCGCCAGCUCGUCGUCUCCCCACCAUCCCCGCGUCUCCCCGUCCCGUCGCGGCGCCGCGCGCUGACGCAGAUAGCGCGCGAGAGCGAGACCCAGAGCGACUUUGACUUCUUGCCUGGCACCUCCGGCCCCGGUCCGACGUACUGGAUGCUCCGAGACUACGCGCGCGAGGUCCCCGCCGCGGAGGCGGAGCGCGCGAUCCUUACGCGCUCGAACGCGAUGGACGCGGCGUGGCGGUCGAACGCGAAGCGCGUCACCCCGGGGCAGGUUAUCCUCCUCCCGAGCACGCUGAACCGUCUCGCGGCGGCGCCGUGGGAGUGGGCGGCGGCGACGGUCGGCUUGGAACCCCUCGGCCAGGCGCUCGCGUGGUUCGGACGAUGAGUGUUAUACAUACCGCGUUACUGCACUACCGUAGCUACGAAUGAAUGAAUGAAUACGAUCUUCUAUCGCUUCCGAAGCGCGUCGCGCGCGAGCAACCGCAGGUUCUCGCGCGUCAGCCGCGCCGCGACGCCCCGCGCCGUCUCCGCGGCGAUCUCCGACGCCUCUCGCUUCGCCGCCGCCGCCGCCACCACGGGCGUCCACACCUUCGGCGCGCGCACGUACGUCUUCCGCGCUGCCUCCACGAGCGCGAGGACGUCCGACGCGGCGAGGAGGUCGCGGUGGCGGCGGCUCGAGGCUGACGUGUCUGCUGACGUGGCGCCCUCUUCCUCCUCCUCCUCCUCCUCCCCCGUCUCUUCCCUCGCGAGCCGCUCGACGUGCCGAUCCGCGGCGGCGAACGCGUCCCGCGUCAGCGACGCUCGCAGGACGGCGCCUUCCGGGGAGAGCACGUGCGAGAGCGCGUCGUCGACCGCGUCCGCGACGGCUUGCAUCUCGCGCGCGCGCGCGGCGUUCGAAUCCAAAUCCGAACCCGAAUCGAACCCCGCGCGCGAAGGGCACGCGAGCGAACCGAUCCCCUCCGCGAUCCCCGCGAGCGUCUCCGCGACUUUCUUCGCGCAGCUCUCCUCCUCCUCCUCCUCCUCCUCCGCGCCCGCGUCGCCGCUCUUCCCCUUCCCAUUCCCGCCGCCGCCGCCCCCCGCGUACGCGC